AUGCUGCUCAGAGUAUUACGAGCUUGUGCUGAACGUGCCUCGAAGCCGCGCACGACAAACUUGGAUCGAAUUUUGAAGACCACCAAGGAAUUGUUGGAAAGAAGAAGGGCUUUGAGGCUUGAUCCGAAUGCAUCGCACAUUGAGCGGUUAGUAGCAAACACUAGCUGCAGAAAAGCGUUGCAGGAGGAUCUUUUGAAGUGCAGGCAGAAGAAGAUUCUGGAAGCAGCACAAAGAAGAACGAGUCUAAAGAAGUGCCGCAGGGAUCUCCGCGAAUAUAAUAUUCCGCUAGCAACCUUGCUGAGCGAAGACGGGACUCGCACGUCAUCUCGUCGUGAGAUGGAAAUCAUUACGGAGAGAUUCUACUCGAACCUUUUCCGUUCAUCAACUCCUGUGUCAAGCCCAAUCAUCCCCACUGGCGAAGCUCCACCACGGAUUCUCCCUUCGGAAGUACGAGUCGCUAUCAAGAGCAUGAAACCUGGCACAGCCCCCGGACCUGACUUUAUAUCAGCAGACUUUCUUCGAGCUGGUGGCCAUCCGCUUCAUGUAAUCUUAGCAGCGCAUAUGACAUCCUACCUUCAGAAAGAAAGGAUUUCAGACCAGUGGAAGACCUCGCGAACGGUUCUUAUCCAUAAGAAAGGUGACCGAGAGGACUUUCGGAACUACCGUCCGAUAUCCUUGCUGAGCGUAUUAUACAAAGUAUUCACCAAGAUCAUCAAUAGGACGCUGGAUGAAGCCCAGCCUCAGGAAGAACAAGCUGGAUUCCACCAGGGGUUCAGCUGCUUGGAUCACAUCCAGACCGUGUCGAGAGUCAUGGAGGUUUGCCGCGAAUACCGCCUGCCCCUUGUUCUAACCAUCGUCGACUAUGAGAAAGCUUUUGACAGCGUAGAAACGAAUGCAAUACUGUCAGCGCUGGUCGAUCAAGGUGUGGACGCGUCGAAUGGAGUACGACAAGGCGAUACUAUAUCGCCGAAGCUGGUCACGGCUGCAUUGCAAUGGAUAAUGAAAUCACUAUCCUGGGAAGAAAGGGGCAUACGUGUUGAUGGAAGAUUUCUUUCAAACCUUCGUUUCGCGGACGACAUCGUUCUCUUUUCGAGCAGUACCAAUGAAGCAGAAAUGAUGCUCAAUGAAUUGAACGAAGCAGGGAAGAAAACUGGACUGCGAAUAAACAGAAAGAAGGCACAGUUCAUGAAGAACGCCUACUGCGAGGACGGAGGAGUACAACUUGAAGGCUCCCAAAUCGUGGAAACUUCGUCAUACGUAUACCUCGGACGUUCUAUGAACAUGGAAAACGACUUGAAGGAAGAACUGAAUAGAAGAAUGAGAGCAGCAUGGGCAGCAUUCGCAGCCGUCAGGGAAGCUACGGACCAACUGACGGACCAAGAUCUUCUUGCCCAUCUGUUCGACUUGAAAGUCCUUCCAGCACUCUGUUACGCAGCGGAGACGUGGGCAGACACCGCGGCCACGUCUAGGAAGCUACUUACUACCCACAGAGCCCUUGAGAGAUGUCUCCUGAAAUUUAACCGGCGCACACAACACCUUGCCGGUCUUCGUAGCUCCGACUUAAGAGGAAUGUCCCGUCUUCGCGACCCAGCGGAAUAUGUAUCCAAAGCAAAACAUAGAUGGGCCGGUCACAUCAUGAGAAGAAUCGACGAUAGAUGGACUAAAAGAACGCUAGAGACCUCGUCAACGUCACCCACGAAGCUUGAGAACAUCUUGGAUGACAAUGGCGAGGGAACGAAACGAAUGGAAAAGAUGCUGGUGCCCGCACGUCCAGUGAAGGCGAACCAUCUAAUUAGGAAGGCGGUUACGGAGCGAAGGAAGUAUGGAAGGAGGAGCGCAACUAUCGAGAUCGGCCAGGACCAUCGCCAAACAUCACUCAUUGCUGCACUGCGAGUGAAGCUAACAAUGAUCCCACCUGAUGAUGCCAACUGCGUCAAUUCUAGCCACACGACGGCAGAACCCCGAAGGUCUACAAGCAUUUCGAUAGCUAUGCGUUACGCUCUUAUUGUUAUUGCCCUGGCUGUGUCUGUGAUGGAAUGUUCUGAUAAAUUACCAAAUUGUGAGAAAGAGUUGCCUAGUGUAGCACCUCCUCUUGGCGAAAAGUUAAGAAAAACGUUGUCGGACGGAGUUCAAGCAAACAUGAAGGAAGACAGCAAACCGGAAUACAACUGUUACCUGGAAUACCUUGGAUGGUUGGGAUUGAACGACACAUCUGAUAGGUCGCUGAGAUGGCUCAAACACGCAGACACAUAUCUUUUCAACUUCACCAAAAAGGGCGAAGAGGAAAACGAGACACCGACAGAAGAAUUCCUCACCGAAUUGGGAAAAGACACUAAAGUAAAGGAAAAAGAUUGGAAACGGUUUGGUUGCAACUACAUUUACAAAGAGGAAGCCUAUAAAUACACCUGCAUCUUUUAUCGUUAUAAUGAGGAUGAUUCCUAA